UGUGUCAUCCUCAGCCAUGCUGGCCCUGUGAGCUGUCAGCCUUCUCUGACAUUGCUUCUGGUUCACUUGGAGACCGCACAACUGACUUCCUUUCCAGGUAGCCAGGAGCACCUGAGCAGGAGUUGAGACUUGGAAAGUACCAGAAUGUUUUGUUGCUGUGACCAGGGCAAAAGAAGUCACCAGUGACAUUGACAGGUGUUUCCCUCUCUGUGAUUCUUUUAAAGCUGGCUGGAAAAUUUCUUCUCCCUGUUCAACAUCUUCAACUGCCAUGAAGAGUGUGUUCCAUUCUCCAAACAUCCAAAUGUACGGAAUUUUUAGGCUCCACCGUUUGUCCGAAAUGAAGCAAUGGAUCUACAAACUCAUUGGUCUCUUCUUCAGUUAUUUGUCCUGGGCUUUUGGUGUGAGCCUUGUCAACAGCAGAUCCUGGCGCGUGUGGGAAUUCGACAGCCAGACUGUGCCUUUUGUGUUCAUUGGAUUUUGGGAAGCCUUCUAUUACGAAAAAGUUAACAUCGCUGGUUCAGUAACACAGGUGCCGAUGCAUAGCCCAAUCAAUGGCAGCUGGGUCAUUUCGACUGAGAUUGAAUAUGGGCGGGACCUGAUAUUGUUGCCUAGCUUUAUGAAGACGACUGUUCUGAUCUUCAGCACGGUGGCCAUUCUGGUCAGCUGGAUCAAGGCACCAUACCUAGAGUUCAUCCAAAUGUGUUACAAAAUAUCUGUCUUCUUCCUUUUCACCAGCUGUGUCUGUACCUUCACUGUAGUGAUCUGGAAUUUCACUGUGGAUUUUUAUGGACAAAGCACUCUUGACUUUCCCCUUAACUUUCCUGUUGACAAAGAAAUCCUGAUAAGGAAACACUUCAGCUUUGUGUUUCCAGUAGGAAUCUCAACAGCCACUCUAUCACUAAUAAGUGCCAUCAUGUUUCUCUGUGAGUUAUGUUUAGCAGAACGGCGGAAUCGAGUAAAACCCCUGCCUGUGGACGAUCAUUCAAAAGAAAAGGUCUAAACUGAGGGCUUUCUCAGUUUUGGAAGUUUGGGAAGUUUUAUUAAUUUUUGGAAGGCUGCUGGUAGAAAUUUCUUGAAGAAAUUUUCUGCAUACAGAAAAUACUGUGGCUAUUAUCUACACAUUAAAUAUAACACAUAUUUGACUCUUGUAGUGUGUGUCUCAAGCUUAUAUUCUCUUCUGUUCCAAUCUGUAAAGCUACCCACCUCUGAAGCAUUUCUCUUCUUGAAAUCUGCAGGCAAAUAUCUUCUGUACA